CGCAGCGGGGCCAUAUCUGACCGGUUUUAUUAAGGAGACAAUCGAGAAGGCCAGAGAGACACUGAUCAUGUCUGAGAGCCCCGAGGAGCAGGAGAGCACUGGGGUCUUGGGUCGUAUCGGGAGCUGGCUCUCUCCAUGGAGGGGAAAGGGUCCAAAAAGUCCCACUGAAAAUGCCUCCCCGACUAGCGAUCAGGCUCUUAAGUCAGAGGGCGAACAGGAGAGUGAAGAAUCUGUGAGACUCCGGGCAAGGACACAAGAGGGGGAGGAGGAGAAGGACCAGAGCUCCAAUCCCAAUCCAUUCGGUCUCUCCAGAGACAUUUUUCCUUGUGAAGAGGAGGACGCCACACAGUCUGCCCACAGAGGCGUCUCUGUUGUGAGCAGCACUGGAACAGCAGAAGGAGGUCCAAAGAAGGAGGAGUUUGUGGAUUGCAGGAAGAAGAGAGUCGGGCAGGCCAAGGAGAGGGAGGAGAGCAGCAACGGUAAUUUAGCGAGCGGGAAUCCUGAGACAAAUGCCAGUCAGCUGACACAUCUCUCUCACUUUUCUGAGCAGGGUGUGGUAUGGGAAUCUGACCAGGCCCACACCCAGCCUCAAGCCCAGAGACAAGUACAGGCAGGCAGGAGGCUCAAUGUGUACCUGGAGGAGACCAGCGUGAUUCACUUUGACCAGAACACCUGUGCUGGACAGGAAGUGAUCCAAGUCACAAAAAAGAACCUCAGAGUCCUCGCCAAAGUAAAGUCAUCACCAGAUUUUGAUUUGAGCUCAAGUUCAACAAAUGCAGAGAACAAAAGGACAAAUGUGAGUCCUGCUGUUGGGGCACAUACUUACUACAGUGCCCUUGUGGGGGUGUCACUGACGUCACACAAAGAGUCACAGUCAGAGCCUGAACCUGAAGGACAAACAGAGGCUCACAGCAUGGGGCGUAAAAACGCAGCCAGAAGGAAAUUGAGGAAGAACUCUAUGGGAGAUGAAGGGAACGGCCCCCAGGAAAAAAUGCCUCCCAGCGCCGAACCUGUCCCACAAGUAAUCCCUCCAUCAGAUAACUCAGUGACCAGUCCUCAGGGCAAAAGUCCAAAGACUCACAUGGGAGAGGCAUCUGUAAACUCCUCCUCCAAGCACAGUACCACCUCUCAGACUUCAUCUGAAGGAGCAGAGAAUAAGACUUCCGGGCCUGUUACAGACACGCUGUUGGACAAUUUCCAGGACUCAAACUCAGACAUUGCAACCCCUCUGGCAUGUGCGGUUGAUGUCAGCGCAGACAUGGAGGAAGACAACAGUGUUUACAACAAAGUGGAACGGAAGACAGAGACACCAGAGUCCAAACGCAGGAGUAUGAAAGUUUCUCGGAGUGAGGUGAAGCUUUUUACAAAGAAUGUGCCUUGGAAUUCAAAGCAGAAUCCAGCGGGAGACACCGAGGAAUUUAAAGCAGUGUUGAAAAAUGACCAAGAUCAAGCAAAGGAUAAGCCCAAAACAGAGAUCGAUGUCAGACUACACAAGCUGAAGAACAUCGCCGAGGAGCCUAAGCCAGUCGUUGGCCACAUUGCAGAUAGAAUCAGCCUCUUUGAGCGCCCGGCAGCGGGCGUCAACAAGCGGGCCUUCCAAAGUCCGAGGAGUGCUGAUGUCUCUCCAGUCAGGAAAGCCACGCCGAUGUUGAAACCAGAUGGAGUCGUUAGAAAGAGGUCAAGAUCAGCAGAACGUUCCGGCACAGCCAGGUCCAGCUCUGUGUCACCCAGUGGGAAGAAGCCGAUGACGAUCAAGGAGCGAGUGAGGAACUACACAAAGGCAUCUGAUACCGGGGGCGGGCCGACGCAGCCUCAAAAGCCAGACAUGACAGGAAUGUCUCAAAAAGCUACCUCAUGCAUAGUUUCUGCAUCCAAGUCAUUAGAACUAGACAAUCAGGGUAAACUGGAUAAUGAAAAGCAAAUACAGCAAGCAAAGUCAGAGAUAACAUUAAAACUAGAUGGACAAGAUACCGCCGGUGUAGGGUUAAAGAUUUCCAUUCCUAAAGAACCAACAACGGACUCUAACACAAACCACACAGUGGCCUCGAAAACCGCAGAUCAGGUUAUGGAACCUGCCAGAGUUGAAACAAAUGUUCCAGCUAAAGGUCUGGGUUGUGUAGAACUGACCAAUAGCAUUAGCCCACAGUCCAAAGACCUUAGCAGAACAGGCUCCCGCUCUAAAAGAAGAAAAGGUAGGGAACCAACCAGUCCCAUCAGCCCAAAUAGUGAAUUCAAACUGGAUUGCUCCACAAGUAAGCCAGAGUUCACUGCUAUAAAACAACAACAGGUGGAUGAGUCUGCCUCUAAACUACUCACCGAGAAAGUCUCAUUACCAUCUGAUAAAGCCCAAGGAAAUACAGAUACCAGACAGAAAGCAUUUAAGAAGGGGCCAGAGGUCUUAGGAAAACAGAAGAAAAUGUUGGAUUCUUCAUUUAAAGAGGAGAAUAUUGACAAACCGGUAAAGAGGCAGGAGGGAAUGCCUGAACCAUCUGUCAGCAAAGAUGAACCUGAUACUGCUGCUUAUAGCAGUGGAACUAAGACACCUAUUGACAAGGAUCCCGUUAUUUUACCCCAGAAGGAUAAAAAGGCAGGGGGACAUGGCCUCGUAUUGGGAGAAAAUGCCUCCAAGGACAGUAGAGAAACUUCAGCCUCCUCCCCCUCACCGGUGCUUGAACGACCUAUUGAGAAGCCUGGUUUGAUGGAGCAAGAGCCACCUGUUGAACAACCGAAAAUAGGAAAAGAAUUGUCAGUGCAAUCUGAAUCCACCGAGCCAAAUAAAAACAACACAGGGCAAACACCGAAAUGCCCGGACAAGGACAUAGAACUAAUGAAUCAGGCUGAGAGUAAAGAUGUGGGGAAAUUGGAAAAUGUGGAGGGCGUAAAAACCAAUCCGACUGAUAAAAAGAACAAAGACAAAGCACAGCAACUCCUGCAUUCAUCUAAAAACAUCACAAAGGCCGAGAUUUCAGAAAGCAGACAAGGUACUGCGAGGGAUGAUGAAAGAAAAGAUGCGAUAAGAAAAGAUGAGACACAGCCGGCUAAAGUCAUAACAAAACCUGAAAUAAUACAACCAAAACCAGCCUCUGCAUCCUCAGAAAAGAACAGCACAUCAUCGGACCUGCCUGCUCAAAAACAAGGUGUCAGACACACAAAGAUUCCACAUACAGAAAAAGCUGCUGUUUGUAGCGUCACUCAAACUAAUGAGGCUGUGAGUGUGACCGAGACUGCAAAAGGGCCGUCAAAAGGAGAAAAGGCAGCAACUGUGCCCUCUGAGUUGCGAACAAAGUCUAUAGAAAGCCCUGGAACAGAGCCAGAGCCAGUGGUGGUUGCAGCAAAACCGCAGCCUCAUUCUGAAUCCGUGGAAAAAACAGAGAAUUCACCAGAUGACUCAUGUGCAAAUGGAGCUAAUGAUGCUCAGUUCUCCAGCUCAAAGUCAAUAACUAAAGCAACUACAGCAGCUGAGAAAGUGAGUGUAAAAGCCGCUGACGGCACUCCGGCGCUGAUAACUGCACAGACUGAUAAUACGUCGGAGAAGGAAUCGUACGAUAAAAAGUCUUUGCCUUUUUCGGCCUCGAAAUCUUUGAGCAGCAAUGUAGCAAGGCGGAGUGAUGGGGGAACAAAUUCAACUGUGGAAUCAGUGGCCUCAGAAGUCUCAGGAGAUAUAACGAAACCAGCUCCUAGAGCCCGACAGGGUGAGGAAUCACAAAAUACAGGAAGUAGAAGUGAUAUCAUUUCACUCAAGGGUGCAAAGGAAAUAGCACAGAGCCCCUCUGAUGGUGCUGCUUCCAACUCCACAGUUGAUGUUGUAAAGAAGACGGCUGAGAAAACAUUCCAUUCACUAAUGAACGAUCUCUCCCCUGUUGCCAAUGGUGAUAUCUCCCCACAUUCACAACUCCACACGGUCGAAAAGGAACCGGUCGACAACAAACCAAGUCAAACUCAAAAAGCGCCCACUUCCCCACAUGCUAAUAAGCCGAUCCCAAACACAACCCCGCUUUCAACCAUGAAGAAGUUACAUUUUCCUCAGGGACGAAGCAAAGACGAUUCUGCAACGCGGCAAGACGUUCCCUCGAGCUGGCUGGAUGUGGACUUCCCCAAACGGAAGCUCAAAGUCUCGGUGCCCAAACUGAGCUCCUCUGGAAGUGAGAGCAAUCUUCUGGACACUUCUGGGGAGCUAGAUGAUAAUGAUUUCAUUGAGAAGAUCCAGAAGCUUUGUGCACCGUUCUCCCUCCCGCCACGUAAACACACCCAACUCCGGCCCCCUCAGCCACCAUUUGCCCUGCCUGCCAUCAGAGAGGCACGCUUUGAGAAGACGUUUGACCCCGAGGAGUUUAAGUUUGGCUUGAGUAAGAAGAAUCAGUUCAGUGGAGACACAAGCCCGAGCCUCUUGGCCUCUAAGUACCAGAACAAGGACACAACAUCUGUCCUGAAGCCUGCCAGGGCUAGUUUGGCAGACAGGAGCAUGCUGCUCAGUAUACUGGACCCUCACUCUCGCCACAGGGACAACAGUCAAGACGAGGAGGAUGUCAAAGAAGAGAGAGAUGACCAUAUCAAGGUGAAGUCUCGCUUGGAGGGGAGCUGUGUCCUCAACAGCCUCAACUCCUCCAUCUUCAGAGGGAAGAGGAAUGGAGUUCAAACGCAGGUAGAGGGCACCCACUCCGGGGAUGUGUCACCGAGCGAAGCCCCCCAGCUAAGCCCUCCAGAGGGCACCCCGCCGCCCCCGCCAAGCCCAACUGCCUCAGCUCCACUCAAAGACACACGAGCCCCGAGCGACAGAGAGGAAGCCCCGGCUGCAGAGGCUGUGUUCAGUGACUCAGGCCUUCCACUUCCCCUCUUUAACGACAUCAAGCUGCCGGACUAUUUGGAGAAGUACCUCCCCCGAGAGCCACGGAAACCAGAGCGCAGCACACAAGGACAGGAGCAAGUCAGAACUGAGGUUAUUGGAAAGAUGAAAGCUGCAGCCUGCGAAGCAGACCUGGCUGUGAAACCAGGUCGAGAGCCUCCUGAUGCUCUGCCUCCAUGUUUUCCUGAGAUUCCUCCUAUUACACAUUCUAUACUCCUUGAGCAUAAGCAGCCACCGGCUCUGCCACAGGCAAUACGAAGUAAUAACAUAACUGCCAAAGGAUUUCACAAGCGGCCUGGAAAGAUGGUGUUGUUUGAAAAACAUCAGUUCAGUGGCCAGGCGCAUGAGGUUUUCAGGGAUGUCGCAGAUGCUACUUCUCUGCAGCUCUCGCCUCUCAUAUCUGUUCAGGUUCUUCGAGGAUGCUGGGUAAUCUAUGAGAAGCCUGACUUCCAGGGACGCUCAAUCGCCUUGGAGGAGGGAGGCAUUGAAUUGUCAAAUGUGUGGGCAGAGCCAGGGCCGGAGGCAGAACCACAGACCAACCCACCACCAAUGCUGAUUGGCUCAAUACGACUUGCUGUCUGGGAUUACAGCCUCCCCCACAUUGAUCUGUUUACUGAACCGGAGGGCCGCGGCAGAGUAACACCGUACCAUGAUGACAGCAUAGAGACAGGCUCAUUUGGCAUCCCACUGAGCACAGCUUCCAUCCAAGUGCACUCGGGGGUGUGGCUGGUGUUUAGUGACCCGGGGUUCCAAGGCAUGGUAGCGGUUCUGGAGACGGGAGAGUACCCUGUUCCUGACACCUGGGGCUUCACAUCACCCUUUGUUGGGUCUCUUAGACCACUUAAAAUGGGUGGUUUCAAAGUGGAGAACCCUAAUGAAGUCAAGGCCUUGGUGUAUGAGAAGCCUGGCCUUGAGGGCUCCUGUUGGGAAAUUGACAGUGACAUUUUCAGUUUUGAUGAAAGUGAAGGAGACAUGGCUACUGAUGGAGAAAACUUGGACUCGAGAAAACUGAAGUCUGUUGGUUCUUUAAAGAUCAUUGGAGGACUCUGGGUCGGCUACAGCGAGCCUGGGUUUGAGGGCCAGCAGUACAUCCUGGAGGAAGGAGAGUACCUGGAAUGCAGCGACUGGGGAGGCUCAGACCAGCUCGGGUCACUGCGACCAAUCCUGGCUGACUUUAUUUCUCCACACCUCAAAAUGUUUAGCGACAAAGAUUUCGGUGAACUGGGAGUCAACAUUGACCUCACGGUGCCCGUUAUUGACAUGGAUGGCACAGGCUAUGGCGUGAAGACGCAGUCAAUCGAUGUCAUCAAUGGCGUCUGGGUUGUGUUUGAGGAGCCGGGCUUUUGUGGUGAAUGCUACCUCCUGGAGAAAGGCCUGUAUGGAAGCCCAGCGGACUGGGGGUCGCCACAGCCCAGAGUGGCCUCAGCAAUGCCUGUUGUGUUGGAUGAUUUUGAGAAUGCAGCCAAAUUUAAGGUGCAGCUUUUCUCGGAUCCAGGUUUUCAAGGCUCUGUUGUCCCUCUGGAGGAGGGUGUGGCCUCCCUGACGGACAGCGUCUCUGUGGCCUCGUGCAAGGUUCUGGCUGGAAGCUGGCUGGCAUUUGAGGGCCAGGACUUCACUGGCAGGAUGUACGUGUUAGAAGUGGGGAACUACCCAGACCUGAGAGCAAUGGGCUGUCUCAAUGCGAGAUCCUCCAUCCUGUCGCUACAGACUGUUGGCUUUGAGUUUUCACUGCCAUCCAUCACUCUGUUUGAGCGGUGUGGUCUGUGGGGUAAGAGGGUGGUGCUCACGGAUGGAUCAGUCAACCUUCAGCUGGCUGGAGGCUGCAGCAGAGUCCAAUCUGUGCUAGUGGAAGGAGGCAUGUGGGUUUUAUACGAGGGAAUCAACUAUCGGGGUCCUCAGAUUUUGCUGAGACCCGGGGAAGUGCUUGACUGGCGCAAGUUCAGCAGUUGGCAGAAAAUUGGAUCCCUUCGCCCUCUCAUACAGAAGCGAGUGCACUUCCGUUUAAGGAACAGACUGACGGGGCUCAUGAUGUCAGUGACCGGCGAUCUGGAUGAUGUCAAACUGAUGCGGGUCCAAGAAACAGAGGAGACGGAUGGAUUUGAACAGAUCUGGUUCCACGAAAAUGGACAUGUGCAUUGCAAGCUGCUGGAGGAGUGCUGCCUGAGUCCCAGUGGUAGCGUGACGAUGGCAGGAAGCCGCGUCGGUCUCUCCCCGAAGCCAGACAACCAGGACCAACUCUGGAGCAUCACCCCUGGGGGAUUCAUCCGCUACACCUCCACUUCGGAUCUGGUCCUGGACAUCAAAGGGGGCACUCACUACGACAAAAACCAAGUGAUUCUAAAAAGACUUGAUCCAAAUAACCAGCAACAACAGUGGGAUGUGGAGAUUAUAUGAAAACAUAUGAGCUGCUGGACUGGUUCCUUAAUAACAUAUCGGAGGAAAACCUCGACCAGAGGUUCCGUCAUGCAGCUGCAAGACAACUGCUGAUGGGCGAGGUACGUCAUUGGAACGGCUCAUCCUCUGCUGCAGGAGGACUACAACGAUGUCCGAAGAGGAGGCCAACGUGGAGAGCUAUGGAUAAAUCCCUAAGAAUGUAUUAUUACCGAGCUGUCGGAAUUUUAAUUACUUCAUAUUUUACACUUAACCAGUAAUAUAUCCUCAGGCUUAUUUCUUUGUCUUUUCAUUGAUUAAUUAUGUUCGCCUGAUAAUUAUGUUAAACAUUGUUAAAGCUUUUCCAUAUUUGAAUGCAAGUUCAUGUGUGUGUGUGCAAUCUAUCCACUUAGCGUGCAUGUGUAUAUACACACACAUAUACACAUAUAUGUGUUUAUAUAUACACAUACAUUAUAUAUAUAUAUAUACACAUACACACACACACACAUACGUACACAUAUAGCCUUAUCUGCAAGCUGCAUGCAAUAUGAGGAAACAAACAAUACAAGUUCCCAUGAAUCUUUUUCUUUGUUUAAUCAAAUGUAUACAACACAGAACUCUUGUUUUCAGAAUAAUAAAAAUAUUUUUGUC